AAAUGAUAAUUGCUGGAAGCUUAAAAUAGAUGCAGAAAGGAGCACAUUCAUGUGGCAUAGGAGCAGUUCCGCACCUCCGACAUUUCUCAGUUUGGAAAUGGCGUUGGUUCAUUUUUAUUUGCUUCUUCAUUGGACCAGAAAAUAUAGAUGUUUACAAACAUAUUUACCACAUCUGACGAUGAAGUAAUUUAGACCAGUCAAAAUAAUUGUUCCACUGGGAAACAGGACUUCUACUUCAGUUCAGAAAAUCCCUGACAUCUGACGUAGGAGGAUUUAUAGGUUUAGUGGAAGUUGCUUUCUCCUGCUCUCCAGAUUACAUGCUGUGGAGAACUGCUUGGAUUUGGCUGUCCAGAAUAUGAAAGCUGGCGUCUUCCUUUUGUGGUGGGGAUGGGUUUGUGCCACUGAAAGCAGAGUGCACUGGCGAGGAGGAGAAGGCCAGGAGAUGUCUAAGAAAGGCAGCCCAGUUCUGAAACGAAGCCCUGACAUCACCAAAUCGCCACUGACAAAGUCAGAGCAGCUUCUUCGGAUAGAUGACCAUGACUUCAGCAUGAGGCCCGGCUUCGGAGGUCCGGCCAUUCCUGUUGGCGUGGAUGUGCAGGUGGAAAGCUUGGACAGCAUCUCAGAAGUCGAUAUGGACUUCACCAUGACCCUCUACCUGAGGCACUAUUGGAAGGACGAGAGGCUGUCCUUCCCCAGCACCAACAACCUCAGCAUGACGUUUGACGGGCGGCUGGUGAAGAAGAUCUGGGUCCCCGACAUGUUCUUUGUGCACUCCAAGCGCUCCUUCAUCCACGACACCACCACGGAGAACGUCAUGCUGCGGGUCCAGCCCGACGGGACAGUGCUCUACAGCCUCAGGGUUACAGUGACCGCCAUGUGCAAUAUGGACUUCAGCCGAUUUCCCCUGGACACACAAACCUGCUCGCUUGAAAUUGAAAGCUAUGCUUAUACAGAAGAUGACCUGAUGCUGUACUGGAAAAAAGGCAAUGACUCAUUAAAGACAGAUGAGCGGAUCUCACUCUCCCAGUUCCUCAUUCAAGAAUUCCACACCACCACUAAGCUGGCCUUCUACAGCAGCACAGGCUGGUACAACCGUCUGUACAUUAACUUCACGUUGUGUCGCCACAUCUUCUUUUUCUUGCUCCAAACUUAUUUCCCUGCCACCCUGAUGGUCAUGCUGUCCUGGGUGUCCUUCUGGAUCGACCGCAGAGCUGUGCCUGCCAGAGUCCCCUUAGGUAUCACCACAGUGCUGACCAUGUCCACCAUCAUCACGGGCGUGAACGCCUCCAUGCCCCGCGUCUCCUACGUCAAGGCCGUGGACAUCUACCUCUGGGUCAGCUUUGUGUUCGUGUUCCUCUCGGUGCUGGAGUACGCGGCCGUCAACUACCUGACCACCGUGCAGGAGCGGAAGGAGCGGAAGCUGCGGGAGAAGCUUCCCUGCACCUGUGGACUACCUCAGCCACGCGCUGUCAUGCUGGAUAGCAGCUAUAGCGACGUGGAGGUGAAUGACCUGGGCAACUACACGCCAGAGAAUGGCGAGAAGCCAGACAGGAUGAUGGUGCAGCUCACGCUGGCCUCUGAGAGGAGCUCCCCCCAGAGGAAAAGUCGGAGGAACAGCUACGUGAGCAUGAGGAUCGACACCCACGCCAUCGAUAAAUACUCCAGGAUCAUCUUUCCAGCAGCGUACAUCUUAUUCAACUUAAUAUACUGGUCAAUUUUCUCAUAGAUGCCUGUAAUUCUGUAAAUUUCAUUCUUUUGUGUGUGCUACAGAAAUAUCUGUAUGAUAAAAAGUAAGGUUAUGAAAAAAAAGGUUCCCAGUACCUACCCUUGUCCAAAACUACCUUGACAAGAGACUUCCUGGUUUAAUUUGCACUUAUGAACCAUCUAUUGUACACACAGAAUGAUUCUAGGUGCUGCAUAAAUACAAUACCCAUAGCAACUGAAGAUAGUUGUUACUGGAAUCUCCUGGGAAUACACUGACAGGCUUGUGGGCACACUGUAGUUCAACCUCUUUUAGACCCUAAACGCUUAUUCACAGGAAUGAUUUCCUUUAUGUUACAUUCUUUGGACGAGGUGCACUUGGACUACAUCUGAAGUUCAUUUGUAUGAAACAUGCAUGCACCUACAAGUCCCCACUUUGACCAAAAUUCAUGCUUCAGUUUAUAGCCUACUGCCUAUUUUUAGUGUAUUGCCUCAUGUUUAUUUCACUACAAGGCAAUAAUGAUAUUCCUAUUUGCAUUUACAUCUUGUGGAUCAUCAAGUUUCACCUCUUCAUGAGAAAAGCUCUUUUUAUGGUGCAAUUGCUUUGAUUUUGGUAGGUAUUUCCCUGGUCGGGAUACUUUGAGGAUAAGGGGCAUGCAUGGCAUUUUGUCAGUUUUGUGGUAGCGAUAACUAGUGUUUAAGUGUUUCCUGUCUUAUAAUUACUGCUUCAUGUAUCUCUACCGUGGAGCAUGUCCUAGUUCAAAGUCCUUCCUUGGGAAUAUCUUUACUGAGGAACUUGGGAAUAGACUGAUUUUUCCCGUAUAAACACUUGAAGAAAAUGCAUAGUUUGGGACUACCUGUAACUUAUUAGGAUGAGAAACACUCACAUGGUUUCCGAAGAGAAAAAGAACAGCAAAAAGCAAAGUGAAUGGGAAGGCAUCACUGGACAUCUGCAUUCAGACUCAAUGAAUACCAGCAUUUUCUCCGAACCAGAAAACAAUGGCCACUAAUGUCAGGGCAUGGGACAAAGGAGAGGGUUCUAAUUUGAUGUAUCAUUUAAAACAAAUAGUUACUAAUAUAUAUCGAUAGGAUCAACCCCCAUCAAACUUAUCCAAACAGCAUUUGUUUGAAACUCACUUUAAUAAAGUGAAUGCUAUACAUAAUAAUGUAAUUUUCAUUCCAAGUUAAUUUGACUAAUCAUUUAUACUAAAUAAUAUUG